GGUUCUAGCGGGAAUGGCGCUCACGGGCGUGAAGAUCGGCGAUGAGGUCUGGAGGAGCUGCCUCACCCACGCGCUAUCGACGGAGACGGAGGAGGUGAUGGGGCUGCUUCUCGGCGACAUCAAAGAGGACAAGAGCAAAGGCACGGUGGAUGCUCUCGUCUGGGGCGCUGUGCCGCAAGCUCGCUCCGAUCGACGCAAGGAUCGCGUGGAGACUACUCCGGAGCAGCUUGCGGCGGCCAUGGCUCUGGCUGAGAGAUUAUCUAGGACGAUUGGAAACACGACCAGAGUUAUUGGCUGGUAUCAUUCACAUCCGCACAUCACUGUUCUUCCUUCUCAUGUUGAUCUUCGAACACAGCAGUCUUUCCAGAUGCUGGAUCCUGGGUUCAUUGGAGUCAUAUUUUCCUGCUUCGACGACGACGCAAACAUGGUCGGUCGAGUUCAAUCCAUAGCAUUUCAAUCUACCAAUGGUCGCCAAAGGAAAGUUUCGGGAUCUUUUCAGAGUUCAUCCGCUCAGCACUCCAGUUUUGGUUUUGGUUCCAACGGGGAACGGUCUUCCGUGGAUGAAGCCUCCUCGUCUCUCUCGACAGUUGUGGACAUCAACUAUACUCGUAGGAUAUCGGAUUCGUCAAGCAAUGAAAUCGAGCAGCGGCUUUCGCCAGGCAUCGAAGAAGCAAUGCAUCUUUCAAGUCUUGACACGAGUUCCGGAGACUUUUCACGAAAGGAGAUCCCAAUGCAAGUAGUUCCUGUGUCCACAUUCAACCUCGCCAAUCCUCCUCCCGAUCCUCUGCUUUCUUUGCAGCAGACAGUGUUUAACGAAGAAAAGGCUGCGUUUGAGAAAGCGAUGCAUCAAAGCAAACAGGGGCAGCGAAUCCAUCCUUUGGCAGCUUCACACCACUGCGUGACACACCAGGCGGCCCUUUUGAAACUUAUGGAACUCUGCCUUGUGCCUGCAAUGACGACGCUGUGGGACAACCUCCAGCAGAACAAAGCGCAGAUUGCGCUACUGCAUCAGGAAGAAGCAGCGCUUGGCCUUAGAUUCGAUCGGCAGGCAGCCAGGAAACAAGCCGGACAUGAUGGCACGCGAUGGAACUCAGAACGUACUCAGCAAAGAAUUCCCGAUUCUGAUCAACGUGUCCGAGGAAACACCGUAUGACGUGCUCUUAGUUUCCGCAAAGAGAUUGAAGAGGUCCCUCCAGUCGUAGGCAAGCAAAGUUUCGGAAGCUUCAACUCGGAGGCUUCUUCCGCUCGACGAGUUCAUGUAAGCCUUUUGUUAUUCUGAUCAUAGAAGUUGGAUGUUGCGGAUCCAGAGAGGCUACUUCAUGAAGCCCUCUAGAGUUCUCUUUGUCAUUGUGAAGCUUGAGAAUUCUGCAUGAUAAACUCCUUCAGGAUGUUUGUAACAUUUAAACACAAUUAAUUAUUUAAUAAUCAUGUU